AUGAAAAGCAUCCUUUGGCUUAUUUUUUGGAACUUGGGACUUAUCGUCCUUUCAAUCUGUGUACUAGCAGGAUGUCGAAGCACGGCUGAGAAGAAUUAUGCUCUCGUCCAAUGGCCACGAUCAACCAUCGGUCUCAUCUGGGGUGAGGAGUGUGAGGAAGCCACGGCUGAUAUCAUACCCGACUGGUACAAGUUCGGUGCUUCAGGAGUCUGUAGGGUCACAGAUGGCGAGACAUCUUGCAAGCGCAAAUUCCCACCAACAUUCAACCUCGCCCAAGCCGUCAUCCAAGAUCUCGACGCCGCAGACUCCUCAUCAACACUCGAAAAGUGCAAAGAAGCAAUCGACAAGCCCAUAGAUCAUAAAACUCCCAAGACGCUUGGUGCAGUCCUGGUCGCCUUCCUCAUCACAUCAAUCUUCAUCAAUCUAUUCUCUGUGGCUAUAGCAGCGGCAGAAGGUCACGCCUGGGCACUAUGGACCAGUGGUAUACUGGCCGUAGAUAUGUUACUCAUAUUCGGAAGUCUGAUUUUAACCGUCGCUAUGAUGAAUUAUGAAGGUGGUGGGUAUCUUACUGGUGUGCACGCGUCGGAGUUUUCAGAUAGGGAGAUGAUGGGGAUUGCGCUUUGGAUGCUGCUUGCCAUGCUUAUUGGAAGGCUCUUUUCGAAUCCUUGGUUGAUUAUUCUUUUUGUCUUCAUUUUGGUUACCAUCAUCGUCGUUUCGCUGGUUCUCAUCCGAACGAGGGGGUUCUUUUAUGUCGUUCGGACGGUUGUGGUUUAG